AUGGCACAUUCAGUGAGCCCUACUCUCCAAGUACUUCUCCUCAUUUCUCUUGCCUCAUCUUUAGCAAAGGGAGCUGUACAGUAUAAUGUAGUAAGUUAUGGUGCCAAACCUGAUGGCAAAACAGAUUCAACCAAAGCCUUUCUAGCAGCUUGGACACAAGCCUGUGCCUCCACAAAAUCAACCAUCGUAUAUGUUCCUAAAGGAAGGUUCUUUCUUCGUAAAGUGGCAUUCCAGGGUCCUUGCAAAAACAAUGCUAUUGUUUUGCGUAUAGAUGGUACCCUUGUGGCUCCUUCAGAUUACAAGGUCAUAGGCAGUUCUGGGAACUGGCUGAUCUUUGAACAUGUUCAAGGGGUUACGGUUUCUGGUGGGACUCUUGAUGGACAAGGUACUGGAUUGUGGUCUUGCAAGGCCUCUGGCAAGAGUUGCCCUGCCGGUGCAACG